AUGAAGAACCUUACUCUUAUCGCUGCCCUCUUCGCCGCCAUGACUGCCGCAAAGGGCGCCACCACCCUCGAGUCACGAGAACCCGCCAACAUUGAGAAGCGGGGCUGUCUUUACAAGACGUGUGGUGCCUGCUGGGCCGCCACACCUCCUAUUGGAAGUGCCCCUGGUUCACAGGGAUCUGCUGCUGGGCAGUAA